UCUUGUCAGCUGAAGAACCUGAAUUGAAAUGGAGAAAGUGUCGGAGAAACCGAACUCCGAGACGCAAUCUCCUCCGAAUCAUCAAAUGGAUGCAGAUGACGACGACGAGAAUGUGAAACAGCUCAAGGAGUGUUCUUCUCUCUAUUUGUCUUUACAGGAUUGUCUUGUUGAUAGCAACAGGGACUGGAAAUCUUGCCAGAAACACGUUCAAGCUUUGAAGGCAUGUCAUGAAAGGAAAAUGAAGAAAUGACGGUGAUGAGGAUCAAAAGCCAGACCUGAAUUAGGAAGUAUUGAUUAGUUACUUCUUAUAUAAACACCACAUUAUUUGUCUCAUCUAUAUGUAAUAAGACCUUGUGAAACGAUUUUCUGACGACUGCUCUUGUUAUGGGGAUCGCAAGAUGCACAAGCUUUCCUACAGUGUAAAACAACCCACUUGCUUUUUUCAACAAAUCCAAUAUGAAUCUUGUUUUUCGU